UCUAUAAUUGUUUUACUAUCAAAAGGAUGUGGUUUCAUUUGAACAUAAAUUAUUUAAUAAAUCUUUUAUUGUUGCUGGUGUAUUUGCCCAGUAUACGAAGUGAUUGUAUUAUUCGAUAUCCCAGUGAUGUAGAUACUUUACCAAAGUAUGAGAAAUCCAUUGGACAAUAUAAACUACGAAUACCCUAUAAUGGAAAUCCAAUAAAAUUAUAUAAUGGUGAAACAAUACAAGGAUUUUGUGAUACAUUUUUUAGUACUAUCACUUAUCAAAUAAAAGAAAAAUCAUAUAGUUAUAAUUAUGGAUCCAGGGAAGUUGUCGUAAAUAAAUAUAUUUCCAAUAAGACUUCGAUUGCCCUAAAUUGUCGUAAUAACAAAUUAGUUUAUAACAAUAUAGAGCUAUCGGUUAAUGAAUUUUCAUGCGAGCAUCGCAAUUGGAGCAUCUAUUCCACGAAGCAACCAUACAGUUGGUGCCAAAACAAUCAAAACUCCAGUACAUUCUUAUUGGCGACAAAUCCAACAACGGAUAAUUAUAUACUGGCUGGCAUCUGUUAUAAUAUGGAAGAAAUAUCCUUGCAAACUGUGGUCUAUAAUGUAACAUAUUUACGCCGAAAUUAUUUGAAUAAGCCCAUGUAUACGCCGACAACUGAUAGGAUUCCAAAACAGUAUUUGGAUGAAAAUCUUUGGAACUUUAAAACAACCACUCUUUCUGAUUUAAGUCAAGAAAUUUUGCAAAGAGAACUGAACAAAUUGCGUAAAAAUAGUGAAUGGUUGAAUUUAGCUGACUUUGAAAUAUCCUCAAUUGUGCAGGAUAAAACAUUAAAGACAUAUUUCGACGAAUAUAAAAACAUAUUAAAUAUUAUAUGGUGGCGUAAUCUAAGACUGGGUAAUUGGAAACGCUUUAUGAAUACCUUGGCGGACUAUGGGCAAAAUAAUAGCUUUGAAAUUUAUACUGGCACAUCGGGUGUGGCACAAUAUCCCACCGAUGACAAGUGCUAUAAAGACAGCCUUUUGGAAAUGAAAAUUGGCUUUAAAAAUGAGACUAUACCAGCUUACAUAUGGACCUAUUUGAAAUCGUAUGACAAUUUGAACAAAGAAUUUAUUAUUGUCGGUUACAAUUCACCCUAUGCUGAGUAUUUCACCACUGAAAAAGUAAUAUUUUGCCCUGAUAUUUGUGCGGAGAUUCCGUGGUUAAAUGAAAUCUCUUCAUCGUUUCGAUAUGCCUAUGCCGGCAUCAUGUUUUGCUGUUCAACAGAUUUUAUAAGGCAAACAAACCACUUGCAAGGAUUUCCCCUGGAGAUUUUGAUGGCUCCACAAAUCGAGACAACAGCUAUACAAGUGGAAACAACAACAGUCGAUUGGCCUACCUAUAGUUAUUAUACCUCCAAUGACGAUAAUUGGUGAAUGACGUUUGCCAUUUUUUGUAACAUUGAGAAAGUUAUAUAUUAUUAAGUAUACAUAUAUAUUAUUAAUCCUUAUGAAAUUCGAUUGAGCUAUAUCUCUGUAAAAUACUCUCACGUUCAAAAUAUAUAAUCGAAAUUAAUGAAAUUA